AUGAAGAUAUUUAAUCAAAACAAAAAAAUCUUAUUUUCAUAUAAAUUUAUAUAAGCAAUAUAAUAAAUGGGUUGUGCUGCAUCUAAAAAGUGUAUAAAGAAAGCAUCAUUUGAUGAUUACACUCAUAAACUUGAUUCAGAUGAUCAAACCAAUUUAGGUAUGAUUGCAUUCAAAAGCCUUGAGAAGAAACAUAUGGUAAUUAACCUAGAGAUGUUAUCAAGUAUGACUUAUUUAUAUAUAAAUAGAAACUUGUUCCCCUGAACAUAAGUGUAAAUUUGGUGAAAUUGUAGAAGACAUUUGA